AGUGUAGGCACUCUGGAAGCUUUGAAAAAGUUUCCUUCCUGGCACAUUCCUUGCAUGAUGAUGAAGGCGGCCACAUGAAUCGUCCUUCAAGCUGAGUCGAGGCGAAGAAGGGACAGAGCAACCGUUUUAUCUGAAGGCAAAAAGCAAGUCAACAAGAGAGCAGCAAAUCAGCAGAAUGAGCGCUUUCCAGCGGUGCUUGAUUCUAGCUGCGGAGGUUGCUGCAAAGACGGAAGCUGCAGCUGCUGGGGGGCUGACAAGCUCAGCAAAGCGUCGGGGCAAGAACUUUUUUGAGGUGGUCGCAGAUCUGCCGAACUGGGGGGUGGGGUCGAAGCUGCGGCGGAAACCCUGGAGCGAGACAGAGUAUUACGAAGUUACAAAAGUCAGGGUGAAGUCGCAUGAUGGACGAUCAGGGUCAGCAUGGGGCCUCUGGUACUCUUCCCCGUUUCACCCGGGCCCGGCAGAGGAGCAGAUUCGGGGCCUAGCAAAGCAUGACUGGAAAGUUUCUGCGGACACAAGCGAGCAGGUGUCCUGGAAGGAGGCAUACCGGGAACCGAAGACAAAGCCAAAGGCGGAGGCGAGUUGACAAGUGACAGAAGAUUGAAUGGGAGCGUUUCUGAGGUUUGAAAUAGAAGUCGGGAUUGUGCUGUAGUUGGGUACAGCAAUAUAUCCCACAGUCCAGGAUGUAUAGAUUGAACAUUGUCGCCUCUGGAACUCACAACCAUUUUGUGUAUCAGGGAAACAGACUGUACUUGAUUGCCAUGCCCACUCUGAACCUGACUCUGUAUGAGUGUGGGCGUGAUUCGCUUGAGCUGGUCCACAUAUGAAGCAGAUUUUGGGUAUACUCCUCAACUUGGAAGGAUGAGACACGUCUGGGGGCGCUCGCAAAUAAUGGCC